CAUGCUUAUAAUCACGAUAUUUAAGACACGGAACGCCAAACCGCUGUCAACUGUCAAUGUCAACGUCAUACUUGACAAACUCAAAGGCAGAACCACGUUGUUGUGUUUGUUUGGGAAUCGUCGUGUAGUUCAAAGUAAAACGUAAAUAUGGCUCAAGGAAAACUGAAAGUAAAAAGCAAAUUGCCUGCUGGAGCGAAAGCAAAGAAAAACAAGAAUAAGGCCGGUAAAGCGGUGACCAAACGUCCAAACGCGCCGGUAAAGAGUAAAACUGCCGCUGAACGGAAUAAGAUGAAGACGAAUGUGUCGAAGAUGGUGAAUGCUGCAGCUGAACAGCAGUUGAGAGCUUUAGCGACGAAUACUCCUCAAUUGUCUGCGGCACAGCAACGAGUAGCUGCGGCUCCCACAGCGCCUGCCCCAGCGAAAUAACCUAACUUCUAAACGACGUUCUUCGUGUAAAUUAUUGUGCGUAACUUGUUGUUAUACGUUAUUAUAACUCAGACAUUUAAUACAAAUCACUGACAAUUAAUAAUAGACAUAUUGUAAAGAAAAAAGCCUCUAAUUCCUUAACUUAUUGGAAAACAUUGAUGUUACAACAACUUACAACAGGUUAGCCAAGAUUGUGUAAAAAUUUUUUCUGUCUGUGACGGUAUGGUCUAGGUAGGUAUGUAUUCAGCCUAUUAUGUUGUGGUAUAUUCAAAUGUCAUUAACUUAUCAUUAAAGUAUUACUAUACAAUGUAUAUUACAUUUGUGAGUAAAUUAAAAUAUAUCCAGUAACAACUAUGUAAGCAAAUGACCAAAAAUCUAUUUCUACAACUACUGUAUGUUAAUGGAGUCUAUUCUGCACUUACUUCAAUGUAUCUUUACAAACAUUUUGUAAUAUAAAAAUAUAAACUUGUGAAAUAUUAGAAUUAUAAGUGAAGUUUAAUCUUUAAAUUAAAACUAUUUUUGUUUUA